CUGACUAUCUAUAGACUACCAGCAAUGUUGUUCGUCAGUCGAUCACCGCUCCCCAAGCGUAAUAAGGAAUCGGGUGCGGUUCCUUCUGUCCUUGUAUGUAUGAGUCAACUUCACUAUUUAUUUUCCGACUCAUUUCAAGCUUUCGCACUCACUCCCAGCACUCAUCCACCCCCUGCCUGUGCCUGCGCAAUCCUCUAUCCCAUCCCUCCUCAACCUUCGCCGCAAACUCCGCGAUCUCAUCAUCGAGACCGUACUCCAGUCUCCCUCAACAUCCGCACCGCGGGGCCCCGCAUCGUAUAACCCUCCGCGCACCCCACUCCCCAACGUACUCCAUAGCUCGCGCAUCAAGCUGCCCAUUUUAAAAUCCGCAUACUGCACUACGUCACCCGCACUCUAGCAAACAAACGCGCAACUUCGCAGCGAAACUUGCUCGCGCAUACGCAUUCUCCAAUUCCACCACAAGUAUGCGGUGAAUAUCAUGGCAGGUAGUGAAUGAGCACG